CUUCUUCUCUCUCUCUCUCUCUUUAAACCCUACCAAGAUCGCUGUCUAGGGUUUCGAUCGAUUCGAAGAGCGAAUGGGGAAGCAGAAGGGGGAGGCCGCGAGAAGCAAGAAUCGCCCGUCGAGUAGCAGCUUGGCGGCGUCGUUGUUGCCUCCCGGGGUUCCGAGCGUCGGAUUCGGAGGAUAUCUCGGGAGCUCUCGCGUUGAUCACGCGUCUUCCUCCGAAGAUUCCGUGCCCUUCUCGGAUACUGACAGUGAAAUAGCACAAAAUUUAAAGCGGCUUGGUAGGAAGGAUCCAACAACAAAGCUCAAAGCAUUGACAUCACUGUCAGUACUCUUUAAGCACAAAGCUAGUGAGGAAAUUGUGCAAAUUGUUCCUCAAUGGUCAUUUGAGUACAAGAAACUUUUGCAUGACUAUAACAGAGAAGUUCGUCGGGCUACUCAUGAAACCAUGAGUAGCCUUGUAACUGCCAUCAGGAGAGGCUUGGCUCCACAUCUGAAGUCUUUGAUGGGUCCUUGGUGGUUUUCUCAGUUCGAUCCAACUCCUGAGGUUUCACAAGCUGCACGACAUUCUUUUGAGGCUGCAUUUCCAGCAUCAGAAAGAAGACUUGAUGCCUUGAUGUUGUGUGUGAAGGAGAUAUUUCUCUACCUUGAUGAGAAUCUAAAGCUCACACCCCAAGCUCUUUCUGACAAGGCUACACCACUUGAUGAGUUGGAAGAUAUGCACCAACGGGUGAUUUCAUCAUCAUUGCUUGCAGCGGCUACUCUUGUUGACAUUUUGCUGGGCGGAAAAUUGCAGUGUCUUGAUGACGAAAAUAUUGUGUCAGAACAGAAAAAUCUAUCAAAAGUUAGAACCACCACCAUAUCUUCUGCUGAAAACAUGUUUUCGCAGCAUAAGUACUUUCUUGACUUCCUCAAGUCAAAAAAUCCUAUGGUUCGUUCAGCUACAUACUCAGUUCUAACAAGUUACAUAAAACACAUUCCUCAUGCUUUUAAUGAAGGAAGCAUGAAGGUUACUUCUCCUGCCAUACUUGGUGCUUUCCAAGAGAAGGAUGCGUCAUGCCAUUUUUCCAUGUGGGACAUGAUUCUGAAUUUCUCCAGAAAGUUCCCACAUGGUUGGUCCCACUGCAAUGCCCAGAAAGUUGUUCUAAAUCGGUUUUUACACUUCCUACGAAAUGGAUGUUAUGGAUCAAAGCAAACUUCCUACCCAGUUCUAACUCUAUUCUUGGAGUCCAUACCUAUUGAAGCAGUGGCAUGGGAGCAUUUUGUUUUUGAGUUUCUGCAGAACCUUUGGGCUGGAAGGAACCCUCAGCACUCAUCAGCUGCUGAUAGCUCAGCUUUCUUUAGUGCGCUCAAACAAUGCUUCCUUUGGGUGUUAUAUAAUUCAUCGAGAAUUUCUACUGAAGGGGAUGUCUCAGAUCGUCUCUCUCUCAAACUUGUAAAUGAUAUUCUAUCAAAACUUCUCUGGCGUGACUAUCUUCUUUUGGGAUCAGCUGAAAAUGACAGUCGAUUAUCUGAUGAAAGUUCAGCACGUGGGAUUAAGUAUACUUAUCCUUCUAGUUAUCUUCAGGCAUUGGGCAGAUGCAUAGUUGAAGUGCUCUCGGACAUUUUCUUGAAUAAGUACAGUUUGUUCAAUCCAUUAUGUACAUCAUUUUGGAAAGAUUGUUUAGAGAUACUACAGCAAAGAGAACGGUUAAUAAAAUUUCAUGAGCACGUGGAACAGAUCGUUGGUUUCUUUGUUGUAUUAGAUGAACUUGUGCCGUCAAAGGGUCAAACAUGGCCUUUGGACUGUUUAGCCAGACCGUUGGUCACAAACUCUUUCCAUGCGAUCAGAUCUACGGACACCCCUGAUGUUGUCAGGCUCUUGUCUGUCUUGUCAGAGAUAUUCGGGCCUGUAAACAUAUUCUCAAACAUUGCUAACACAACUGCCAGCAGUGAUGAGGAAUCAAAGAUGAAGAAUUUUUUGCAGGCAUUUAAUGAUGUUUUCAUUCCUUGGUGUUUAGAUGGAAAUAAUCGCUCCUCCAGCUUGAAGCUUGAUCUGUUGCUUGCUUUAAUCCAAGAGGAGUACUUCAUUGAUCAAUGGUACUCAAUCAUUUCCUUUGCAACAGAACAGCAGAUUUUUUUUGAAACUGAUGUUCAGACUUCACAGAGUUUUGAUCAAAUUGAAGUUCUUGCUUUGCUUUUUGAGAAAGUGAGAGAAAGAAUUGGUAGCAACAAGUCAUAUAAUUUGCAGAAAAAUGGUUCUCAACCAGAACACUGGCGGCAUAAGCUUUUGGAUUCUGCUGCCAUUUCUAUUGCCUACAAAUCUCACUCUAGAGUCUCUGAUGCUCGGUUUUUACGUGCUGUACUUGGAGGCUCAAUUCGAGACGAUCAAAUCUGCUUCCUUUCUAGAGAAGCAGUGAUUAUCGUUCUCAGGCAUAUUUUGAAGAGCUUGACAUCAGUUCUUACUGUAUCAACUUUUGGCUGGGCAAAAUUCUCGUGCUCCUUAUUGUUUGGUGCUGAAUCAGAAAAUUUGAUGCAUUCCCAGGAAACAUCUCUGUCAACAAGGUAUGAGAUGGCUCGGUUUGCUUUUGAAGUUCUCGAAGGUAGUAUUUUCUGCUUGAAGAUAAUUGAAGAGGAGUACACACUGGUUCCUUCUAUUUUGGCAGCUUUAUUUAUUAUUGACUGGGAAAGUAGCAUGGUUUCUUCACUGGCAUGUGAAGAUAAUGGUAUAGAGUUUUGUAAAGAUGCUGCUGAUGUUUCUCAGCUGGGAGAGGAGACUUAUCCCAUGUUAACUCUUGGAGGGAAAAUAAGUGCUUUUCGUCGUAAAAUGGGUCAGGCUUUCUCGACCAGCCUAAAUUUGGGCAUCCUCUCGAGGCUUGGUAACAUCUUGGUUCAGACUAUUAGGUUUGCUGUAUUUGAGACAAGCGAGUUAAGCUCUGAUAGAGUAGCUGAUUUGUGCUCUCAGUGGGUGUUGAACGUGGUGCAGACGAUCUGCCAUAAUCACACACAGUUGCAGAUUUUGUUGGAUAACUUGUUAUCUGAGGGGGAAUCUUGGCCAUUUUGGGUCAGACCAUUUUUCCAUGACAAAAGUAGAUCAGCAAGUCUCCAAUAUGAAUCAGUUCGCAUAUUCAAAAGUCCACAGGAAGUGAGACAUGCCCGAUUUGUUUCUUUCGUUGACAAGCUUAUUUCAAGCCUUGGCGCAAGCAAACUGAUUGUUGGCAUACCAGAAACUCCUCAUUCUAUGGAAUCAUCUUCAGUUGAGAUUGCUUCCUCAUAUUCUUUUUCUAGAGCAUGGCUUGCAGCUGAAAUGCUUUGCUCAUGGAAGUGGCAAGGAGGCAGCGCCUUGCGUUCAUUUCUACCUUCUCUAAUCAGUAGUAUUAAAAGUGAAACAUUGUCUCAUGGCAUCCUUAUUAUGACUUCAAUAGUCGACAUAUUACUAGAUGGUGCAGUUAUGAAUGGGACACGUAGCAGAUGGAUCUUUUUCAAUGCAUGGUCUCUUUCAGAUGAUGAGGUUGAGAAGAUACAAGAUAAUUUUUUGCGUGCCCUAGUUACAUUUCUUCUUAGUAUAUAUGUCAAGGAUAAGCUCUGGAGAAAGUGUGAUGCUUUAGCCUUUUUUGAACGUUUAACUAACGUGCUUUUCAGUAGUGCAACUGUAAAUAGGCCCUAUUUAAGAGUUGUACCUUUUAUUUUAAGUGUAAUUAUCCCAGCAUUGUUUAGAAGUUCAGAAUACGAGCAAUCGAAUGAUGAUGAUCUGCUGAGGUAUGAUCUGGUAAAUAAAAGAAGUUCAGAAUACGAGCAAUCUAAUGAUGAUGAUCCGCUGAGGUAUGAUCUGGUAAAUAAAAGUAUAUUGAAUUGGCUUCAGACAGCUAUUUCUUGCCACCCAGUGGGCUCAGGUGAAUCAUCAGAAGAAGAUCUGGAAGAUUGGUUCCAACUUGUCUUGUCUUGCUAUCCUCUAAGAAUGAUGGAAAAAGUUGCAAAAUACGAAGUUGAGUUGCAGAGGGAUAUCUGUCAUCCUGAAAGCUCUUUAUUGUUGAGUUUGUUCCGAAAGUACCAAAAGUUGUAUGAGGAUACUGCAGCCUCAGAAAUAUUAGUAAAUGGGGAAACAAUUUCAAAGUCAGUGCAGAUGAUCGGAGCAAAACUAACUGCAGUCUCAGUUGGCUAUUGCUGGCAAGAAUUCGAGGAAAGUGACUGGACUUUUGUAUUAGAUAGGUCACAUAGAUGGAUUGAAUCAUCUGUUUUGCUCAUGGAGGAAAUAGCUGAGAAUAUUGAUGAGGCUGUUAUCAACUACAGAGCUACAGCUGAAUUGGAAGCCACUUUGGAGAAGCUCAGUCUGACAGUUCAUUCUUUAGAUCCAUUACCAAUUAGUAUAGCCAAUGCUGCUCUAAUUAUAUUGUGUCUUCUCUCGAAGCUUGUUGAACUCCAAAAAGCCACUAAUGUAGAAAUUUCGCAGACCCCAGGACUGGAAAGAUGGGCUGAUACUAAGGAUCGAAUGAUGGGAAGUAUUCUCCGGUUAUUUUUUGCGACUGGUGUUGCUGAGGCCAUUGCAAGCUCAUGCAGUGAAGAGGCUUCAUCAGUUGUUGCUUCAAAUCGGCGUAAUUACACGCAAUUUUGGGGGCUAGUGGCGUCAUUUGUAACUAGUUCACCUCAUCAUGUUAUAAGCUCAGCAAUGGAGUCUAUGGAGCUUUGGGGUCUUAGCAAGGGCUCUGUUAGCUCAUUAUAUGCGAUUCUUUUUUCAUCACAGCCGAUCCCUUCUAUGCAGUUUGCUGCAUAUACUUUACUUACAUAUGAACCCAUAUGCCAACUUUCACUUGUCAAGGAAAGUUCCUUGGAAGCAGCUGGUAGUACAGUUCAGGAGUCUGACUUCUUGAAAAAGUUCGAGUCACCCUUAGUAGAACCUUUCUGUUUGAGAGAUGAGAUUUCCUUUGUGAUUCAUAAGCCAACUGCUGAGCUUCUUGAGAUGGAUUUGAUAUCUCAAGAUAGGGUUAACUUCUUCAUUGCCUGGGCACUAUUGCUGACUCAUCUUAACUCCCUGCCAUCUUCUUCCACAGCAAGAGAAAGACUAAUACAGUAUGUACAGGAUUCUGUUAGUUCGGCUAUACUAGAUUGCCUUUUUCAGCAUAUUCCUCUAAAAAAGGGCACAGUUAAUGCCAAAAAGAAGAAGGAUGCAGAGCUUGUACCAGAAGCAUCUAGUGCUUCAAGUGCUUCUGUGAAUGCUAUAUCGAAGUGCUACAUAUAUUAUUAUGUGGAGUCACUUUGGCCUACUGGGACAGAGCAAAUGGCUUCACUUGCUGGGGCUCUAUAUGGAAUGAUGAUCCGGCUUCUGCCUUCUUAUGUUCGCAAUUGGUUUAGUGGUUUAAGAGACCGCUCACUAUCAUCUGCUGUUGAGUCUUUCACGAAAGAAUGGUGCAGUCCUCCUCUCCUCAUGGAUGAGUUAUCUAAGGUUAAAGAGAUUGUUGUUGCUGAUGAGAACUUCUCAGUUACAGUGAGUAAAUCAGCGUAUGAGAUAGUUGCUACUUAUAAAAAGGAGGAGACAGGAAUGGAUCUUGUAAUACGGCUUCCCAACUGUUAUCCUUUGCGUCCUGUUGAUGUUGAAUGUACAAGAAGUUUGGGUAUUAGUGAAGUAAAGCAAAGGAAAUGGCUGCUAUCUUUGACGGCAUUCGUUCGUAAUCAGAAUGGUGCAAUAGCAGAGGCAAUAUGCACUUGGAAAAGCAACUUUGACCAGGAGUUUGAAGGGGUCGAGGAGUGUCCAAUCUGUUAUAGCAUCAUCCACACCACCAACCACAGCCUUCCUCGGCUUGCAUGCAAGACCUGCAAGCAUAAGUUCCACUCUGCUUGCUUGUACAAGUGGUUCUCGACUUCUCACAAGUCGACGUGCCCAUUGUGUCAAACUCCUUUUUGAUAAUACCGCUUGCGUUUUACUUACACGUUGAGACUUGAGAUUAGGACUUGUAUGGAAUUCAUAUGCAAGGUUAUUGAAGUCCGAAUGAUUCCCAGGAGGCAGAAAGUUAUUGGGCAAAUACGUCUAAAAAUAUCACAACGAAGGAUGAUCUUGGAAAGAGAGAGAAUUCAGGAGGUGCAAGGAUCUAGCUGGAAAUGUUUGGUACUUGCUUCGUUGCCACUAGAUAAUGGACGUAGAGUUGCUGACCACGUAGCAAUUUUACAAUACUCCCAUCUUCAGUGAAGUAUGUAGUCUUAAAUAUUGAAAUUUUUUGGUAAAUUAUGACACAAUAAUCCUUCCCCGGUCUGUGUUGUAAAGUCUUUGUAAGGAGGAGUGGAUCGCCAUACGGUAUGUCUCUAGUGAUUGAUAGCAUGCUCAUCUGUACUCAUCUGUAACAGAACAACAAUGCUUCCUGCUUAUCAUCUUUCAU